GUGAACGAUCUCUACUUUACUGUACUUGUGUAUGUUUUAACCGUCUAUACAGUAGUGAUAAUUACUAUAACAGGUCAAGGGUGUUUUUUUUGUUAGCCUAUUUAUGGCAUGUUUUGUGCGCAGAGAUCUUCGUUAAGCUCGCUAUCUGCAGCCUGUUAUUAACGUAACGUUACCUUAUAGCUACAGACAGAAGUUUUGUUGUAGCGUUCGGGAUAACUUGGUGAAGCCAGUCGGUGUGGAUACAUUGUUUUAAUUAACUAGACACACAGAUGGCAACCAAGUAACAUUAGCUAACUGUGAGAUGGAGGAAUAACAAACAGCAUGACGAGGGAAUAGAUGCGGAAACGAAGUCCACAUCCAUCUGCAGGAAUCACAAAGAGAUGAGGAAUAACGUUAUCUGAAAUAAAGCCCUGUUUUUAAACCUCAGACGAGUAACCUUAUCUAAAAUGAAUUCCAGAUUAAAUUACUGUAAUUUUCAAUAACCGAAAGCGAUCUCUCCUCCUGCACCGUCUCCCCCUGACCGACAGAUGUCGCUGUUGUAACGUCACAGCCACUCCGUUUAUGAGCCAAUCAGAUCAUGACUAAGGACCCGUCGUCAUGCAGCAGCAGCCAAUGAAAGGGCAGGAGAGCGGGGCUGAGGUUGGGGUGGUAAAGCGGAAGGCUGAGAGAGAUGACCCUGCCUUCCCAUCUCCUCCCCCGUCUCCUCCCAGCCCUCUUCCUAUCUUCCUGUUUCCAUCUGAACUGGUGUUCUACUCUGAUCAGAGGAGUUCCCACAGGAGAGUCCUGACUCUCUACAACCCUUACACCUUCACCAUCAGAUUCAAGAUGUUGUGUACAGCCCCAUCUCUGUAUUCAGUGGUGGAGGCAGAGGGCAGUGUCAGAGCCAAGUCCUGUGUUGACCUAGUGGUGCGUCACCAAGAUGUGUCCCCCCGCCACUGGGGAAGGAGAGAUCGGUUCCGCCUGGAGGUGUCGGGGGGAGGGCAGGGGGGCGGGCCUCGGGAGGUGUGGGCUGAGCUCAGGGGAGGAGAGGCCACUGCCCAGAAUCGACCCACUAGCCCCCCGAGACUCCUCCCUCCCUCUCUCGCUCCUCUACCUUACUUCACAUUGCCCCAGAAAGUUCGGAGACUGUCCCAGUUUGCAGUGUCGGUGGUGAUGGGUGUGGUGUGUGUUGCUUUCUUAAUGCUCCCCCUCCACUCUGAGCCCAACAACUUGGUUCCUAGCUAUGCCCAUGUGACUGUCACACAGAAAUUGGUGUGCGCCUACACACUGGGUCUGCUCACCAUGGUGUUUCUACGGUAACCAGAAGAGGAGAUGAUGUUUCCAUGGAGAUUCAGACCAAGAUCCCCCC